GUGCGAGAGGUCCCGAGUUCGAUUCUCGGAAUGCCCCUUUCAUCAACCUUUUAUUUUUUUAAAUUCAUGUUUUUGGGCCCUGUAUUUUCACUUUCCUUUCUUUUUUAGUUCUUCCCCCUUUCUCUCCGGGUCUCUCUGCAUUUCCCUCUCAACUUUGAUUCUCCCCGGAGUUCCGACCAAAAGGCAACAUCCUCAAAAAUGGCAAAGAAUGAAACCUCCGCUGCCGCCGGCGAAGAUCCGUCGCCCUCUUCCUCCCGUCCAUGGCAAUCUUACCACACCGUUUAUACCAACGCAAAAGCUGGGAUGGAAGGGGUGGACAAGGAAAAGGUGCAGAGAAUUUUGUAUGAAAUGAGCAAAGGGUCAAAGUAUUUCGAGAACGAGGAGCGGAAGGAGGCUGAAAUGAAGCAGAAAAUCGAAAACAUGCGUUCCCGGUGUUUAAAACUCACUAAGGCUGAUAUAUCUCACUACACAGAGCUGGCUGAAAAGAGGAUGUUAGAGCUCGAAGCCACGCGUGAUUUGUCAAGAAUUUGGGUACAUGUAGAUAUGGAUGCUUUCUAUGCAGCUGUUGAAACAUUGAGUGAUCCUUCAUUAAAAGGCAAGCCAAUGGCUGUUGGGAGCAUGUCUAUGAUCUCUACUGCUAAUUAUGAGGCUCGAAAGUUUGGGGUUCGGGCUGCAAUGCCUGGCUUUAUUGCUCGUAAAUUAUGUCCUGAGUUGAUAUUUGUACCUACAGACUUCAAGAAGUACAAUCAUUACAGUGGAUUGACAAGAAAAAUCUUCCAGACAUAUGAUCCUAACUUUCUGGCAACGAGUUUGGAUGAGGCAUACCUGGAUAUAACAAAGAUUUGCAAUCAAAGGGGAAUUGCAGGUGCAGAGGUGGCUGAAGAGCUCCGGGGAAGUGUAUUCAAAGAGACUGGACUCACAUGUAGUGCAGGAGUGGCACCAAAUCGCUUACUUGCUAAGGUCUGUUCAGAUAUCAACAAGCCUAAUGGACAGUUUGUUUUGCCUAGUGAUCGUGCUGCUAUUAUGACAUUUAUCUCUACUCUUCCUAUUAGGAAGAUUGGCGGCAUUGGUAAGGUUACUGAAAACAUUUUACAGGAAAUCUUUGGGAUAAGAACAUGUGAGGAUAUGUUGCAGAAAAGCAACCUUCUGUUUGCACUAUUUUCACGCUCCUCAGCAGACUUUUUCCUGUGUGUUAGUCUAGGACUCGGUGGGACCAAUACGCCCAAAACAAGAAUGCGAAAGAGUAUUAGUAAUGAGAGAACAUUUUCAGCUACAGCCAAUGAGACAUUUCUCUAUAAAAAGUUGGUGGACCUUGCAGAGAUGCUUUCUGCAGAGAUGGAAGAAGAAGGCCUUUGUGGGAGGACACUGACACUGAAGCUGAAAACUGCUUCUUUUGAGAUAAGGACUCGAGCAGUGACUUUGCCAAAGCACAUCGCCUCAAAAGAAGAAAUAUUCAAGCAUGCUUCAAAGCUUCUGAAAGCCGAGCUCCCUGUAUCUUUACGUCUCAUAGGACUCCGUGUUUCUCAGUUUAUGGAAGAGAAUGCCAACCCUUCCGAUCCCACACAAAGAACACUCUCCAACUUUGUUGUUCAAGGAGAUGUUGCAAGAGAGGAGGAGGACGAUCAUGUGCCUUCGUGCUCGGAUAUUAGCGAAAAUCUCUUCACGGGCGACAUGUGUUCUGACUUUCCCACCAAAAGCAGCGAAAUAUCUCAAAGAGACAAAGUCGAAGUCAAUGUGUGUAAACCCAGUGAUGCUAGCAACUCAUCAAGGCCAUCAACAGAGUUACAGCUGGAGGUUGCCGCUAACGAAACAGGGCAUUGCUCAGAUGAUCAUGGAGAAUUACUAGUUUGGUUGGACGGCUAUAAAUGCUCGCUCUGUGGAAUUGAAAUGCCUCCAGGUUUCAUCGAAGAGAGACGAGAGCAUUCCGACUUUCAUGUUGCGCAAAGGUUGCAAGACGAGGAAUCGAAUGACAACUACAGAUUGUUGACCCCUAAUAAGCAAAGGUCAAUACAGAAUGGGGCUACAAGAAAUCAAGGUGGUCAGAGAAAGAAGAAGAAACUGUCUCCUGCUUCCACCAAGUGCAUUCCAAUUGAUUCAUUCUUUGUCAAGACAAAUCAAAAUUUCUAGCACCAAAACUUUGAAUAGCAAUUAGAAAUUGUUUGUGUACCUUCCUUUUCUUGUACAGUAUAUAAUUUGCAAUUAUAGAAAGAAUAUAAUGUACAUUUAAAGUUUUUUGAUCCCACAUUCUUAUAUACAUUCAAUUUUUAUGAUAAUUUUUAAAAUUGUGGCCAGAUAUUUUGACACCAAGGUACAAGAAAUCUUAUUAUGACACCACUAAACUAAGGUUGAAUAA